AUGUCUGGAAGAGGCAAAGGCGGGAAAGGACUCGGCAAAGGAGGCGCGAAGCGUCAUCGCAAGGUUUUGCGUGAUAACAUCCAGGGAAUCACCAAACCCGCCAUCCGUCGUCUCGCUCGUCGUGGUGGUGUUAAGCGUAUCUCCGGUCUGAUCUAUGAGGAGACUCGCGGUGUAUGGCGAGUGAUUGCUGCCAAUUCAAAGCCUAACCUGGAGAAGGAUAAGGAGCAGCCUAACCUUCCGUCGCCGCCAGGACUGCAGACGGAAGACCGGCGCGGUGUGUUGAAGGUGUUUUUGGAGAACGUUAUUCGUGACGCCGUCACCUACACCGAACACGCCAAGAGAAAGACCGUCACCGCCAUGGAUGUCGUUUAUGCUCUGAAGCGUCAGGGUCGCACUCUGUACGGUUUCGGAGGUUAA